GUUAAGUUCUCGCGCAGUCGCGCAUCGCGGCGGUUCAGGGGGAAAUUUUUUUUGUUUUGUUUUUAUUUUUAUUUACUUAAAAAAAUAUAUAAAUAUUAUAAUAACUAUUGGGGGGAGGGGAAAAAAAUUAAAGUCGAUCAUUUAUUUUUCUCUCCUCGUCGCUACGUCCACAAGCCAAGCAGACAUGAGUCGCCAGACAGGAGCGGCGCUGCCCAACGGGGCAUCGAAAACAACGCCGGCGCAGCGCGUGCCGGCACUCACGGGCACCACGGCCUCGAACAACGACUUGGCCAGUCUCUUCGAGUGCCCCGUGUGCUUCGACUACGUGCUGCCUCCCAUCCUGCAGUGCCAGAGCGGCCACCUGGUGUGCAGCGCGUGCCGGCCAAAGCUGUCGUGCUGCCCCACGUGCAGGGGCCCGCUCGGCAGCAUCCGUAACCUGGCAAUGGAGAAGGUGGCCGCGUCGGUCCUCUUCCCGUGCAAGUACGCGUCUUCGGGCUGCGAGGUGACGCUGCCUCACACGGAGAAACCAGACCACGAGGAGCUGUGCGAGUUCCGGCCGUACUCAUGCCCAUGCCCCGGCGCCUCCUGCAAGUGGCAGGGCUCCUUGGAGACCGUCAUGCCCCACCUCCUCCACCAGCACAAGUCCAUCACCACGCUGCAGGGCGAAGAUAUCGUCUUCCUGGCGACAGACAUCAACCUACCCGGUGCCGUCGACUGGGUGAUGAUGCAGUCCUGCUUCGGUUUCCACUUCAUGCUGGUGCUGGAGAAGCAAGAGAAGUACGACGGGCACCAGCAGUUCUUCGCCAUUGUACAACUCAUCGGGACGCGCAAGCAGGCAGAGGGCUUCGCCUACCGCCUGGAGCUUAAUGGGCACCGGCGCCGCCUUACCUGGGAGGCAACGCCACGCUCAAUCCAUGAAGGCAUCGCCACAGCCAUCAUGAACAGCGACUGUCUGGUGUUUGACACAAGCAUUGCACAGCUCUUUGCCGAGAAUGGCAACCUUGGCAUUAAUGUCACCAUCUCCAUGUGCUGAGGUGCUUUUAGCCGUGCCCAGGGAGCAGUGCGACUGUGUGCUGUGCGUGCAUUGCACUUGCAAAAGAGACUGAACAUGGUUGCCACCAUCGUCCUAUGAACCUAAGGCAGUUUGGAGUGCGCUUGUCACCGCCCCUCUGUGUGUGUGUGUGCGCACGUGCACGUGUGACUUGUGUGGAGUCUCUUGGCCCUUCUUGUCUUGAAGUUUCCAUGUUCUGUAUUGUUCUCGCGGAUGUCGAGCCCACGGCACGUGCCCAUUUCCUUCAAGGACCUCGCUCAUCCCCACACAGAGUGGUCACUUUGUUGCAAUCUUGAAACCAGCACGUAUUGGAUUGUGUCCUCGUUCACUUGCCCUGAGAGCCGGACACGUCAAGUUUGCAUCUUCAUUCUUUUCUGGAUCCUAAAUUGGGGUGCACCCCGAGUAUGUUCAACCAAUGCCAUCCUCAAGUACUGGGAAUGUGCACACAGUAUAAACAGUGCCAUCUUUACACAUCUGGACGACCAGAUGUAGGUGUGGCAGCCCAAUGAUGUGGCCAAGAUGAUGUGUGCAAAUGAAAGGGAACUAUAAAGAUGUGCAUUUCCAUCUGCAUGCGUGGAAGAGAGCUUUUGUUGGCUUACAUUGGAGUUAUCCAGUUCCCAAUGAAUGGCCACACGGUGAUCCUAAAAUGGCCAAGUCAUUGGACAUUCCCUGUCUGCGCAUUAUCAUUUACACGUUAUGUGCAUGUUCACAAUGUGAUCAUUACACCUGACGGCAUGGCUGGUAUGUUUAAAGUGUUCUUGACUGCUUCAAGACAUUAAGUAUGUAACCCCCCGCCUACACACUCUGCGUUUAUUAUUGAGUCUGUAUUGUACUCAUUUAUAAUAUGUACACCAAUGUUACACUUUGAAGCAGUGGUUGGCCUCUCUCUCCCAGUGUUAAGUGAGUUUACUGAGCAUUCCCAGUGUAAAUCUCUGCGCAGAACUCAAAAUGGAAUAAAUUGGACAGUUUUAUAAAUUCUCACAGUAA